AGGCGCAUCUUUACGAGGCUAAAGGUUCAAAUUGGACUUGUUUAGAUGGAUCUUCUAUCAUACCAUACGAAGCUAUUAAUGAUGAUUUCUGCGAUUGUGCCGAUGGAUCAGAUGAACCGGGUACAUCGGCAUGCCCUAAUGGUAAAUUCUAUUGUAAAAAUGUAGGGCACAUUCCAUCUUAUAUAUUGUCUAGCCGUGUCAAUGAUGGCCCAGAAUGCUGCGAUGGUUCGGAUGAAUACGAUGGAAAAAUAAAGUGCCCUAAUAUAUGUAAGGAAACUAAUGCAGUAUAUCGUAAAAAGUUAGAGGAAUUGGAAAAAUUACGAACUCAGGGUAUACGAAUAAGAAAGAAAUAUAUAGAAGAUGUUAAAGAACGCGAAGCCGCUUUGAAAAAGGUUGAAAAUGACAAAACGGAUACGGAGCAAUUAAGGCCCAAAGGCAAUCGAGAACGCAUAAAGAAAUAUCAAGGGCGUGUUUCUGCAUUGAAAGAAAAUAUAAAUAGACUUCAUGAACAAAUUGAUGCGUUACUUUCAAUUCUCAAGGAUAUGAAAAAUAAUCAUAAUCAAAACUAUCAUGAUAUGGCCGUUAAAACUGCAAUUAAAGCCUAUGAUGAAUUUUUGGAAGAAUAUAAUAAAGAUACGGAAACUGAAGACGGGGUCGAAAUUGAAGAAGAUAAUGAUGACAAUUAUGAUGAAAUACCAUAUGAAAAAGAAAAACCACAAAUCCAGGAACCUAAACCUUCAUAUCAGGGACGAUUCUUAGAGAUGUUAUGGGGAAUUAAAGAAGGUGUGCUGGAGUUAUUUGGAUUACAAGAUUAUAAAAGCAAUCGUCAUUAUAGUUCAUCUAGUUCGCAUAGCACUUCAAAAGGAACUUCAAAAGCUGUUCGUGAUGCAUUCGAAGAAGCUGAACAAGAACAAAAAGAUAUAGAGAGUCAUAUUGAUGAAAUAAAAUUUCAAUUAUCACAAGAUUAUGGAUUGGAAUACGAAUUUGCUACAUUGGAUAAUGAAUGCUUUAAUUAUGAUUCUGGAGAAUAUACAUACAGUUUAUGUAUGUUCGGUAGUGCAACACAAAAGAGUAACAAAGAUCAUACAUCAACAGAUUUAGGUAAUUUUGCAAAGUGGAUUGGAGCCGAAUCGAAUGAUGACCCACGAUAUUAUGCUCGAAUGCUUUAUGACAAUGGAGCUAGAUGUUGGAAUGGUCCAGCACGAUCCAUUAAGUUAUAUCUUGAAUGUGGAGCAGAAAAUAAAAUUCUGUCAGUAUCUGAACCUGCAAAAUGCGAAUAUCAUAUGAGAAUGACUACUCCAGCUCUUUGUCUCGAGCAUGAUAAUCAUAGUAUUGAUCAUGGACAUGAGGAAUUGUAA